AUGGAUGACUUGUGUAUAUAUUGGUCAGCAGUGUUGGCCAGCAUCCAAUCGGAUUGCUUGAAACAGCACAACUUGCACCGAAGACAGCAUCAAGCCCCGGAUGUGACAUAUAGCAGUGAGCUCAAGGAGAAAGCGCAAAGCUUGGCGGAAUUUAUGGCGGUGUCUGACACGCAAUUGGAGUUUUUUCAAGGGAGUGUGGACGAAAACUUGUUUCAUGGCGUGUCCAGCCAUCCGCUGACCAUAAGUGACGCCAUACAGCAUUGGUAUAAUCGUGGUCGAUUUUACUACUACACGCGUCCAAACCUCAGCUUUGAAAACACGAAUUUUAUUCAGCUCGUGUGGAAGUCAUACACGAAGAUUGGGUGUGGUCAGGCUGUAGCGAACAAGGAAGAUGGCACCGUCAGUACAUAUAUAGUGGCUUUAUAUGAGCCGCCAGCUGACCGGUCAACUAGAAAGGAUCUUUUGUCAAACGUCUUCGCUCCAAAGCCGAAACAAUAA